UUCGAGGUUGACAUUAUUUCAGCGACGACCUGGGUAACAAAAACGACAAAGCACAAAAUAUACCUCCAAAAGUAGAAAAACUGUGUUUUUUUUUCUGAAAAUAAUUUAAUUUAAAGCUCAAAGAAUUUAAAAGGUGUAACACAUCUAGCGGGAACAUUCAAAAGCAAUAAUAAUGUGUGGUCGUACUGGGUUAUCUCUCAAUAAGGACCAAGUGCAAUGUGCCUGCAGUUUUAAAGUCAAAGGAAAGGAUACUUAUUUGAAACCAGAUUGGUUACCAGAACAUAACAAUGGCAAAGAAUAUUUGCCAUCAUAUAACAUAGCUCCAACUGAUAUCACACCAGUGCUAGUCUCUUCCUCCAAGUACAAGAAUGCGGCCAAAACUGACAGAGUGUUGAAACCGAUGAUGUGGGGCAUCAUACCCCCAUGGCAUAAAGGUGACUACCGAUCACAUAAUUUAAGCACAAAUAACUGUAGAUUGGAGAACUUAAAAAGCUCAAAGCUUUACAACCCUAUAUUGAGAGAUGGUGGUAGAUGCAUCAUUGUUGUGGAAGGGUUUUAUGAAUGGCAAACAACCAAUAAGUCUCAGAAAGUAAAGCAGCCUUACUAUAUUUACGCACCACAAGAUGGGGAAGUCAAGGUGGAUGAACCUAGUACAUGGAAUAAUGAAUUUGAUGAACUCACUGGAUGGAAAGGGGUGCGCCUUCUUUUGAUGGCUGGCUUAUACAAUAUAUGGCAGAAUGAAGAAGUCAUAAUAUAUUCUUAUUCUGUAAUAACUAUGGACUCAAACACCACACUUGAUUGGCUGCAUCAUAGAAUGCCAGCUAUUUUAGAUACUCAAGAACAAAUAGAAGCUUGGCUGGACGUGGAUCAUGUACCACCAGACAUGGCUCUUUCUUACUUGAAACCUGUUAAGCUGUUGUCUUGGCAUCCUGUCGCCACAUUAGUAAACAAUUCCAGAAAUAAAUCUACAGAAUGCAAUAAAAGAGUUAAAGAAAUUAAAAACAAAGAUUCACAAAAAACAUUAAGUGCAUGGUUUUCUCCUGUUCAAAAAAGGAAAUCUAGUGAUAAAACAGAUCCACUGCCUAAGAAGGUAAAAAAAUAAAGAAACAUUGAUACAAAGUCUUUAUUGAUUCUUUAACA